AUAUCUCUAACACAGGUUGCAGUGGUGUGGUGUGCACUACUGAUCUGCUCCUCUGCCUCGAAUCUAAAUCCCACCUACCCAGAUACUCCUGCCAAGUACACAUUCAACUACACGGUCCUGGACCAACCUACUGCCAACGACUUCAGCCAGCAGGAGACCCGCGAUGGUCAGAAGACCAGUGGUCAGUACCGUGUGGCCCUGCCAGAUGGUCGUGUCCAGGUGGUCACCUACACGGCCGAUGAGAAGGGCUAUUCCGCCAAGGUGACCUACCAGGGUCAGGUGCUGAUACAAGGCCCCUCACCGGCUCCUGUUCCAAAAAGCUAUCCCGUUCCACUUACUUAUCCUGCUCCAGUUCCUUUCCCUGUUCCGCUUGGUUAUUCUGUCCCAGCAUCUUUCCCUAACUUAUCUCCCGUCUCAAACUUUCCCAUUGCACCCGCCCCACCACCCAGUCCAGCCCCUGUACCACCACCCAGUCCACCUUCACCACCACCUCUUAUCUUGAGGCCUUACCCCUCCUUC